AUGAAGUUCAACGCAGCACUUUCCAGCGUCCUGCUGGCGGCCUCCGCCGCCGUCGCCGCCCCGACGUCAACCCUUCAGGGCGAGCCAUCCCGUGUCGACUCGGCCCUCGAGAAGCGUGCAACCACCUUCUGCAGCCAGUGGGGAACCGCAACUGCCGGCCAGUACACAUUCUACCAGAACCUCUGGGGACAGGCCUCGGCCACCUCGGGCUCGCAGUGCACCACCUUCAACGACCUGCAGAGCAACACGGUCUCGUGGUCCACGUCGUGGACAUGGGCCGGCGGCCAGGGCCAGGUCAAGUCGUUCCCCUGCGUCGCCGUUGAGAAGGUGAACAAGCAGCUGAGCGCUGUGUCGACCAUCAACUCGGUCUGGAAGUGGGGCUACACCGGCUCCAAUAUGGUCGCAGACGUCUCGUACGACCUGUGGCUGUCGACCUCGUCGGGCGGCGCCAACAAGUACGAGAUCAUGGUCUGGCUGGCGGCCUACGGCGGCGCCGGCCCCAUCUCCAGCACGGGGUCCACGCCGGUCGCGACCACCACCAUCGCGGGCCACACCUGGAAGCUCUUCAAGGGCCCCAACGGCGACACGACCGUCUUCUCGUUCGUUGCUGACUCCACCGUCACCAACUUCUCCGGCGACCUGAACCUCUUCUUCAAGUACCUCGUCAGCAACCAGGGCCUGUCCAACUCCCUGUGGAUCACCUCCCUGCAGGCCGGCACUGAGCCCUUCACCGGCUCCAACGCCGUCAUGACUACCUCGGCUUACACCAUCAGCGUGCGAUAA